AUGUCGACCCGCUCACAUCAAGGCUGCUGGACCUGCAAGAACCGUCGACGGCGUUGCGAUAACACCCGUCCGACGUGUCGAAACUGCGAGCAGCGCGGCGUCGCCUGCGAGGGCUAUGAGGUUCGGCUGCGAUGGGGCACGGGGAUUGCCUCGCGCGGUAAGUUUAUGGGCGCUGAUAAGCCCGUCAAGGAGAGUGUGCCGCCGAGGCAGAAGGGUAGACAGAGAGAUUUGAGUCGAGAGCGGAGGAGGGCCGCAGGGACACGGCAGUUGGAUUCGGAUAAAUAUGUAGAUGUGAUGACCGCCAGCGAUGAGCCGGGGAGUUCUCCGGGGCAAGACACAAGCAGCGAUGAGGCCCUGUUCAAUGAAUUCUUGCGCUCGGGAAUUAAUGUUCUUCACUCAACGACUGCUGAAGAGAGCAUGCUCCAACCGCGUCUCCCGGAGCUCUGUCAGGAAUCCAGCGCACUAUACACAACCUGCCUGGCCCUCCAGCUCUCACUUGCACCCAGUCUGACCCCACAGUUCUUCGAGUACUUCGAUGCAGCGCUCCGGACAUUUCGGUCAGAGCUGGCAUGCAGCUCGACCCUGUUGGAUGGAACACUGGCCGCUGGCCUGCUGUUGUGUAGCAUCGGCGUAGGUCACCCGUCUCCCCUUGCCCCGGACUCCAUGUUUCAGCUGAUGCAUGGCUUUCCGUGGACGGUGCAUCUGGAAGGCAUGCACAAUAUCCUGCUCGAGGAUCUGCACCACCCAUCCACCCCGUCCAAGUUCCGUACGCACCUUCUGGAGGUCAUGGGGGUGCUGGACCUUCCAAUCUUUGCAAUCGGUCGCCAGAAUCCGUGUAUUGGGAUUUGGCGACGCUAUUGCCAGCGCGCAGAACCCAGAGGAGGCGUUGAGCCUGUGAGUGGUUUGCCUCGCGCCUUGCUGGAUAUGUUCGCCGGCAUUGGUUUCGAGACGACUGAGCAGAGCUUUUGGGACUGGCCUGGCGAUUCAGGAAACUUCUUGCAGUGCUAUCUUUGGGAAGCACACCGACUGGCAGGUAUCCUCACACUGCGACAGCAAGCUCGCAUACCUGGCAAUCAGCAGUCCCCAAAUGUCUCAGCGUGGCGUCAGUCCGGCGCGUGUCCUGCGGAUGCAACGAUCCUUGUAGCGCGGAUUCUUGCCAAUCUUGAUGCUUUGCGUCUGGCAUGUGCGGAGGGUUCGGAAGAGGACGCCUUCAUCCAGAAUGCAACGAAUUAUCCCCUAUUUGUUGCCGGGCUAGAAAUCACCGUUCUGCGUGCCCGGCCAGACUGGCAGAAGAAAAUCAGGAGCUUUCUUCUUCGCACAUGCCAGGAUGAGUUGCUUCUAAGUUUAUUGGAGGAGGUGUGGCGACGAGACGACCCAGAUUUAAGUGUAGACCAGGUAGCCCGAGAAAGGGGAAUUGAAAUGGGGCUGCUGUGA